GUUAAAGAUUUUGGUAUUCCAGAAAAAGAAAUUGGCUAUUAUGCAGGAUCUUUGGGUUCUUCAUUUAUGCUUGGCAGAGCUUUGACAUCUGUGAUUUGGGGAAUGGUGGCUGAUCGUUAUGGGCGAAAGCCUGUUAUGAUUAUCGGGUGUACCACAGUUGUUAUUUUCAACACUCUCUUUGGCCUUAGUGUUAAUUUUUGGAUGGCAAUUUCUAUGAGGUUUCUUCUUGGGAGUUUGAAUGGUUUACUUGGACCAAUAAAGGCAUAUGCAAGUGAAGUUUUCCGUGAUGAACACGAAGCUUUAGCAUUGUCAACAAUUUCUACAGCGUGGGGCAUAGGAUUGGUCAUUGGUCCAGCUCUGGGAGGUUUUCUUGCACAGCCAGCAGAGAAGUAUCCAAACAUAUUCUCCAAAGAAUCCUUAUUUGGCAGAUUUCCAUAUUUAUUGCCCUGUCUCUGUAUAUCAGUUUUUGCUUUAGGAGUAACCAUUGCUUCUCUCUGGCUUCCGGAAACGUUGCACAUGCACAAUAAAGACAAUAUAUCAGAUGAUGACUCAUAUGAAGUUUUGGAAGCCGCAUCUAAUGAAUGUAAUAUUCAAGGAAAAGAACGAGAGACUGAGGGCAGCCAACCUUCUUCUAAGAAGAGUCUCAUAAGGAACUGGCCCUUGAUGUCGUCUAUUAUUGUAUACUGUGUUUUCUCACUUCAUGAUAUGGCUUACACAGAGAUAUUUUCAUUAUGGGCUGUCAGCCCAAGGAAGUAUGGAGGUUUGAGCUUUUCAACUGAGGAUGUUGGUGUUAUUCUUGCAAUAUCAGGUUUCAGCCUUCUCGUCCACCAGCUCUCUCUAUACUCUUAUCUGGAAAGGCUUCUUGGGCCAAUAGUGGUGGCCCGUAUUGCAGGGGUCCUGAGUGUACCUGUUCUGGCAAGCUACCCUUUUAUAGGGAUGUUGUCUGGGUUCAGCCUUAGCUUAUUGUUGAAUUGUGCGUCCGUAACAAAGAACUGUUUAAGUAUGUCCAUUAUAACUGGCUUAUUCGUUCUGCAAAACAGAGCCGUGGACCAAGACCAAAGAGGAGCUGCUAAUGGCCUUGCUAUGACAGCAAUGUCUUUUUUCAAAGCAGCUGGUCCAGCUGGAGGUGGUGCCCUAUUUUCUUGGGCACAAAGGCGUCAAGAUGCCGCCUUCCUUCCAGGAAGCCAGAUGGUAUUCUUCAUCCUCAAUUUAGUCACAGUGAUUGGAGUAAUACUUACAUUCAAACCAUUUCUAGUUCAACGACGUACAUAGAAUUGUUGAAGAUGAAGUAAAUGACAUUCGAAGAAAAGUAACGACCUAAUUUGGUGAAGCAAAUUGGAGUUUAUCGCACGAAUGGAGAUAGAACUGCAUGUACCAGAAGUCCUUGAUUAUUGUAUUUGAAAUUUCUUAAAUAUGUUAGGUAACCAAUUCUUUGGUGGAUUGAUAUGCCUAUAGAACACACAUUAUAUUGUUAACAUAUAAUGCCGAGGGUGUUUAGAAUGAUGCUCUCGGUACCAAAAUUUUGCCAUGCAUAGGUGAAAACCUAUAUCAAGACUGGUUGGUUAUCUGUGGUCUUAUUAUUCCAUUAUUACAGUGGUGCUAAUACACUAAAUUACUGUA